GUUUUUUUUUCCACAAGUCUCCACUGAAACCUUCCCACCAAAAUGCAAAUCUGGCACAUGGAACCAUUCCCAUGCGGAGAUCGUCGUCUCCCACACCACGUCUUCCCACCAAAGAAGAUCACUACAACACAGCUGGGGCAACUCGCUGGAGUUCAAUAUUAUAAGGUGGACCUUGAUGACACCGCUUCGAUGAAGAAACGCCUUUCUGCAGUGAAAACCGAGAAGAAUGUAACAUUCACUGAUAUGUUCACUGUCAGUGAGACAAUGCUCGAGUUCGAUGAUAAGAUGGAACAAUUCUACGAGCCACAAGUACAAAAAGAGGAUGUGAUCAGUUUGGUCGUCGAGGGAACAUGCUAUUAUGACGUCGAGCCGGAGGAUGACUCAUGGAUUCGUGUGCAGGUCGAGAAGGGAGACUUGAUUGUGAUUCCAAAGGGAUUGUCUCAUCGAUUCACUACUACUCCACAGAACUUUGUCAAAAUUCAACGCUUCUUCUCUCGUAAGGUUGAAGGAAAUCAAGGAUAAGUACUUGAACCCCGUCCACAACAACUAAACUUCUACAUCAGACAAUCGUUCCACUCAAUUGAGACGACAAUACACUUUUCUUUGUCAAUUCUUUUUGUGUUUUGUACUCCUUUUUCUAAAUACCAUCCACGCAGUUCAUUCAAUUCACACAACGUAUUUCAGUAAUAAUCACUCAAGUUUUCGCAUUUAAUAUUGCUUUUUUAUUGUUUAUUUUGGCUUUUCUUUGAAUAAAAAUGUAUAAAAUAUG